CAUGAAAGAAGCAGCCAGAGCGCAAAAACAUUCAGCUCCCGGUCACUCACAAUGACGACUCAACUACUUGACUGCACUCCUCUGGAAACCUGAAAGACCACAGGAAGACCUCACAGACACUCCGGUUUUUCCCUCUGCCUCUCAAUCAGUUUUCCAUUUUGGAAAGUGACAUUAUGUGGAAAUACAGUGCGGGAAGGAGGAAGGUUUGGGAGGAACGUGGUCUGUGGUGCUUUUUGGAAGACGUGCAUGGAGCGGCUGAUGUUUUUCACUGAAGGUUUAUGUGAGUAAAGGGGUGAGGGGGGGUGGGCAUUUAUGGAAUAUUUAAAAUCUCGUGAGGGCUGACGCUGUUUGCUUGUGAAGAGAAAAGUAUUCUUCAGAGGAGGCAGAACUUUAACGGCAGGAUGGAGUGACUGUGUGUGAGGGGAAAGUUGGAGGCACAUGGACACACACUUGUAAGAACCCAUCCUGUUCGUCAUCCAUCCUUGUCAGCUGCAGACUGCCUCGCAGGUACACGGAUGAGCUGAGACCAGGAAGCCAGGAUUCCCACCCAUGCUCACAGAGCAAUCGCAUCUGUGGAUCCACCAUCCAAACCAGCACCAGUUUCCACAAGAGUUUCCAUUCAUCAAACCAGUUUCACUCUAGGAUAUAGUUUUCUAUAAGGACCAGAUCAUGCGUCUGAAGAGAAACAGACUAACUGGAAAACUGCUUUAACCCUUGGAACACAUGCAGAUUUUCUAUAACCCAGAUUUGGCACGGAUGUAGCAUUUUUAGCAUGAACACAUCUUCCACUCUUCAGGGAUGACUUCAAAUGGAUUCUAUGAUCCGGAGAAGAGACGCCUCCCCCCUUUUCUGUGAAGACGUGAGUCACGAUAAUUCCAGCACUUGGAUUUUUGACAUUUUGUUAAAGUGGUGAACACGUUUAUACAGGAUGUGGAUCCUGACAGACAAGACAUAUUUACGGCUCCAAUUUCCUCUGAGAUGAUGGGAUGGAUAAGUGAACGUAAAUGACAAUUCAAGGGACAAAACUGAAAGAUGGGAAAAGGCAAAGAAAUGAAUAGUUGUGAGUUUCUGGCUCUUUCUUGACUCAGUAAGUGGUGAUUUUCUAUAGUUCUCCUGAUCUGACAGCAUGAACCUGCGUGGAGGUAACAUGUCAGAGCUGAUCUCCCACACUAUCAGAGCUAUCACAGCUCUGGAGUCCAAACCCUGGCCUCCGCCUGGACUUGAGGAAAAUGUCCACAGAGUUGGGAAUGCAACAAGCUUGGAUUGUAAGGGGGUUGACGUGGCACGCAGCACAGUAGACAGGCAGUUGGGGAACUGGUCUCAGCGCGGUGCAGCUGGACUUUACGGAUCUCAGUGUGCACCUUCACAUCUGCCGGAGGAGAAGAACUGGGCAUCGCUGCUGAUUCUGGUGGUGAUCGCCGUCACGGUCAUGGGGAACAUCCUGGUGAUUCUGGCCGUGUCCUUGGAGAAGAAGCUGCAAAAUGCCACAAACUACUUCCUGAUGUCACUCGCAGUUGCUGACAUGCUCCUGGGCAUCUUGGUCAUGCCAGUUUCCAUGGUGACUAUUCUCUACGAUUACAGGUGGCCCUUGCCUCCUGACCUUUGUCCCAUCUGGAUCUACCUAGACGUCCUGUUCUCCACCGCAUCCAUCAUGCACCUGUGUGCCAUUUCUCUGGAUCGAUACAUCGCCAUACGAAACCCUAUACACCACAGCCGCUUCAACUCCCACACCAAGGCUCGAAUCAAGAUCAUGGCAGUCUGGACCAUCUCAGCAGGAAUCUCCAUGCCCAUCCCUGUGCUUGGCCUCAGAGAUCACUCCAAAGUCUUCAAAGGAGACAGCUGCCUGUUGACAGACAACAACUUUGUACUGGUGGGCUCCUUUGUAGCCUUCUUUGUUCCUCUCACCAUCAUGGUAGUCACCUACUUCUUGACCAUAAACGCUCUGCAGAAUGAAGCCACGCUCUGUUUAGACCAGCUGGUCCCAAGACCCAAGUGGAGCACCACGUUCACCUUAAGUUUCUUGCCACAAACCUCUGUCUCCUCCGAGAAACUCUUUAGGCGCUCCAUCAGCCGGGAGGUUGAAGGUAGAGGAAGCAGCGGUGGCUUGAGUACUACUCGAGGGAGUGUCUCGGGCUCGUUGUUCGGACGCCGUACCAUGCAGUCCAUCAGCAACGAGCAGAAGGCGUCUAAAGUCCUAGGGGUUGUGUUUUUUCUCUUUGUGGUCAUGUGGUGCCCGUUCUUCAUCACAAAUGUGCUGGUGGUGGUUUGUGAGCCAGCGGCGUGCAAUGCAGGGGUCAUGGGGGGACUGCUGAACAUUUUUGUCUGGGUGGGAUACUUGUCCUCUGCGGUGAAUCCGCUGGUCUACACACUGUUUAAUAAGACUUACCGCGCUGCUUUCCUGCGUUACCUUCGCUGCCAGUAUCAGCCAGAGAAGAAACCUCUCCAGCUGAUCCUUGUGAACACCAUCCCGCCACUGGCUUACACUUCCACCCAGCUCCAUCUGGAAGACAUUAAGAAGCUACGGAACGGUACAGAUCGCUGUGAUGGUGCAGUGAAGGAAUCUGCCCUCCCCGGGAAGGAAACAGACGGGUGCAAACCAGGCAAAAGUCCUGGAGACAAAGAUGAAAGCUGUGUAUGAGGAAAAAAGAGUUACACUUUGUUUAUAGCCAAUCUGUGCAAACCGUAAUUUUAUCAAAAUCUUUGUAUUUUACCUGUGUACUCACACCUUCUUUUGAACUUCAGGGGUUUGAUAAUGAAAGUUCAAGUGCCUAUUUAUUUAGAUUUUUGAGGUGUUAAAUUCUUCACCUGGGGAACGAAUAAGGGAUUUUUAAAGCACAUUCAGAGGUUUAAAUUGGAAUUUUUUUCCAGAUGAAUCCAUAUUCUAAAUAUGAAUCUAUCAAGAGGAUUUGGAGCAGGUUCUAAGGUUUCAAAUAUGCGAUGAAAUAUUUAAAGAAGCAGCUCUAUACAUGAUUAAAUUCUUAAUUUUGAAUCUCGCCCAAAGGCCCUUUCCCAGAAAACUGAAUUAAUUUCAAUGUAUCUUUACUGGGAGGGAGGAUUUCAUUCAGGUUACCUUAUUUUAGAGCAACAAAUGGUCAAAAUCUCUUUUGUUUUAUCUCUGUGGAGGCCAAGCUGCUGCAAGUCCAGAGACCCUAUCAUUUUCCUGCCUCCUUUGCAACAGCUGACUGGUCUUCACCUCCCUUCCUUCUGUACUUCAGCUGAUUCAGUGAGAAUUAGACAGGAUUUCCUGUCACCUUUACUGAAGAAUGUCUCCAAAAAGGGGAGAGCCUGGCAACCCUGGAUUGCACACGCUCACAAAGGUCAGAGCGAGUCGCCAAAAGGGAAGAAAGGCUUCACUGUCACACGUUUUCAUAUGUAAAUAAAAAGGUGUUCAACAGACAUGGCACAUGUGGGUCCCGAGAUAUCGUAAAUAAAUCUAUAUUUGUAUUUUGUGAAGAUCUAUGUGAAAAAAUGUAUAUUAGUAUCAAAGCUUAAAAAGUUCUAUGUAUAGGAAUGAUUGUGCAGCUGGUGUGAGGAACAUGAAGACAAGAAAAAAAAGGAUUCCAGUAUCUAUGUAUCCUUUGUAAAAUUCACUGUUUAUAUUGUGUUCUUGCCAAGCCAUCAGUGUGCUGCCAUUGUUGUUUCAGUCUUACUACACUGUGUCCAAUGGUCUGAUGGGUGGUUGCUGUGUGUUUAAAUAUUGUUUCAAAACUUCAAGCUUGAUCUGAAAAAUUGAGGGCAGGAGGAAGGAUGUUGAGCGGAACAGGUGGGCUUUCCACAGCACACCUCAAAAUGUCAUUUUUUUAUUCAGUUCAAAGUAGAAUUUGAUGACUUGAAUAGAAAUAUAUUUUUCUCUUAUUUACUUGACCUGUCAUGUAGGAUGUCAAAUGAAACGCCCAUGUUAAAAAC